AUGAACGACUUUUUGGUCAGGUGCUUUCAGAGGGCAAACAUACCCACAAUUAAAGAACCCACGGGUCUUAUGGAGGAAGGUAGCCUCAGGCCCGAUGGGUAUACUAUUUCACCAUGGGCGCAGGGACGUUCCCUUGCUUGGGAUGUUACGUUCCCUCACACCAUGGCUGAAAGGUACAUUAAUCUUACCUCACAGGAGGCGGGUGCCGCUGCCUUAAGAGCCGCAGACUUUAAAAAUUCAAAAUAUGCGGCUCUUGCAAAAAGCAAAAUUUUUCAGCCAGUCUGCAUUGAGACCUUUGGUCCAACCGAUGCUCAGACUCAGAGUUUUCUGAAUGAACUCUGUAGCAGGAUUGUAGAUGUAUCGGGGGCGGACGAGUUUGGGCACCACGGUUUGGUUUGUUGCCUGGGUGGGGGCCGUCAACUACGUCACUCAGCGCUAAACGAUUACAUUUGUCGGCUCUUCUCAAAGGCUUCAAUCCCGGUUCUCAAGGAACCAUCCGGCAUUUCUCCGCAUGAUGGUAGGCACCCGGACGGAUGCACACUAAUACCUUGGAGAGCCGGCAGAUGUUUGGCGUGGGAUGUUACGGUCCCUGGCACCCUUGCCGAACGAUACGUAAACCUGACAAGUAAAGAAUGCGGUUUGGCCGCGGCCAGGGCAGCGGACGAGAAAAUGAAAAAAUAUGGGAACGCCCUCCCCUCGAUGGAAUUCUUGCCAAUAUGCAUCGAGAUUCUUGGCCCGAUGGACCCCAACACCCUUAAAUUUCUUAAGGAAAUAUGCAAAAUGAUCAGCGUCAGAUCAGGCGACAGCAGGGAACUGUUUUUCGCAACUAACCACAUUUCGUGCUUGUUGCAGCGGUUCCUGCGUGUCUGUGUGCUUGAAAAUAUCCAACUGAAUGCCGACAUGUGCAAUUAA